ACUCACUUCAUAUAACGGCGUGCAUGAGCCCUGUGGAGAAUUUUCACUGAGGAGGGAUGCGUUAAAAGUCAGACAGGGAUAACUGCGAGUUAAUUUGUAACAACUGGGACACUUUUAACAGAGCGAAGACACUUUAGCAGACUGCGCCAUGGCUGGACUCAAGGUAAGGAAGCGUUAAACUUCUAUUAUCAUCUCUAUUAUAACAAAGCUUUGUUGCCCCUCAAGUUUCAGAUUAUUGCAGCUGCGAAGUUUGCAUCAAUGUGCAAAACUCUGUAACAGCAGAUUACACACAGAAUCAUUUAAAUCCUUCAUGAGAAGUGCGCAAAGUUAAUCCAACAUCAUUUACUAAAACCGAAGCUGUGUGACUGAAUGAAGGGCGGUGUGGCCUCCGACCAAUCAGAACGCAGCAUUCAGCAGCUGCCCAGAUGUUGUCUGACACUCGAAACAGCCUCACAGGGUCCAAAUAGUUCAUCAAAAAAAGCCUAGUUUUAUUUAUUCACGUGUUUGUGCAAUAAUAUUUAAAAAAUGAAAGUAUCCUACAUUUUGGCGUCCCAUUUAGCCCGUUAAUGGUUCUCUGUUUAACCUAUUUUUUGUCAUAAAACCUUUUAUUUCUCGACAAAAGCAUUGUUUUUGCUCGACAGCAUGAGAUUGCAUUCUCAAUAAAGUAUGAUGUAGGCAGUACGCGUGGAUUUAUGUCGGUUCCCUGUCAGAGGUUUUAACUCAAAAGUGCUUUAACAAUACAUGUGACAAAAUGACUCGCUAUAAAUGACAUUUCACGCGGUGUUUUGUUUUGGGAAACAUGUUUGCGUCUUUUACCUGCUUUGCCACUGUGUCAACCUGCAGAAAACCCCAACUUGUACUCUAUUCCUUGAAAACUACAGCCGCGAAUGUUUUACGCACAUAUGGAAACGAUCGAUGCUUGUGCGUGCACUUUUUACAGACUAACAGUGAGUCAGCAAGUUUUCUUUACAUCGUGCCAAGUACAUUUUUGGGAGUGAUACUGCAGCUGAUUUAGGUUUGUGUGGAAGGACAGAGUAAUAAUCUUGUUGGAAUAUUGAUCAAAAAGCACCGUGGAGGAUGUUUGAGUAAUUAGUCUGUCUCUGUAACACAAAAAUAAUAGAUGACUGCAAGGGGGGAAAUUUGGCAUAACUGCAGUUUGUUUUAUCAUGGAUCUAAUGUGAAUCAAUGUGAUAACAAUUAACAAAAAGACAAGGCUUAAUGACAAGCCUUCAGAUUUAAUUAUAACCAGCGUGAACACAUUUAUCCUGCAUUACAAUGAAGCCGCAUGGUGUUUACAUGUGUAUUUGUUGUUUUUUACUUUAACUUUGCUCAACUGGAGAGUUGAAUUUCUGCUCUUUUGUUGCAGUACAUGAGCGGGUUUGGGAAUGAAUUCUCCUCUGAAGACCCUCGCUGUCCUGGAUCCUUACCUGAGGGACAGGUGACACACAUACUAGGACACACACUUUCACUUUUGCUACUCUGGCUUUGAUUUAUUCAAAUAAUUCACUAAUUUCACUACUUUUUGCUCGCUUAAAUGAAUCUCAUGAAUACUUGAUGUCACACCACAGGAGUUAAGAGCUGUGACAUUUCCAUGACCAUGUGAUUCCAAGAUGGUUUAUGUAUCUCCAUCACGAAUUUACACACAUGCUGAACUGUGUCCCCUCAGAACAAUCCUCAGGUCUGUCCCUACGGCCUCUAUGCAGAGCAGCUUUCCGGCUCUGCCUUCACCUGCCCCCGACCAGCCAAUAAAAGAAGGUAUUUGUCUUUCUAAUCAGCCUCCUUAUCAUUUUAACACAAAUUUAAAUACAAACUUCACUUUGUUUUGUUCUUCCAGCUGGUUUUACCGCAUCUUGCCGUCUGUCAAACACAAGCCGUUUACCCCAGAGCCGUGUGGGAACCUGACAGAGGACUGGAACGAGGUGGAGCCCGAUCCAAACCAGGUGCGGAGGAGCUGAGAAAUUUCCAGACCAUGAUGUGUUUGGAUUCAAGUCAAGAAACUGCUUUGAGAACUCUUUCCAGUUUAAUUUCUUCUUAAACAUCCAAUAAUCACGCCGAAUUUUACUUCUUAAACUUUGCUUCAUCUACCUAUAACACUUAAUAAACAUCAAAGUCAACUUUAUUGUCAAAUAUGUUGUACAUGUUAAACAUACAGCACAGAUGAAAUUUCAGUCCUCUCAGACCCACGGUGCAUAAGAAUAAACUAUAAAAGUAUAAAUAUAAGAAUAAUCAACUGAGCUAAAUGAAAGACUACCUUAAAUACUCUCAAUUUACAAAAUAAAGAUAACAAUAAACAGCAAAACAGUAUGACAGUGUAAUAAAUAUGAGGAGGAAGGUGAAUGUAGACAGUAUGGCAGUCCUGAUGUGGACGUAAUAGUGCAAUAAUGACAAGUACAUUGUAAUACAGUAGUAAUAAUGGUGCACUGAUGAGGGAUAAAGUGAAAGUGUGCAGUCCUGAGGUGAUGACAUUGCUAUGAGCUGUAAUGAAUUCUUAUUAUCACUCGCAAUAAUUAUUUUAAAGUCUUGUAGAUGCAUUUAUAAAGCUUUACAAUAUCCUGUCAGGGUAUUUGAAACCUCCAAUAUCUUAAUUUUUGUUUGUACAUACUGACUGAGACUGCCUCUGAUUCUUUCUCCCACAGCUGCGAUGGCUGCCAUUCACCAUCCCCAAAUCAACAGAGAGGAAAGUGGACUUUGUUGCUGUGAGUGUGACUUUUCCUCUCCACGUUACUUUAUAAUUAAAGCUCCUUAAUUCACACUCAACAAUUAUGUUCAUUUCUAUGCCGCAGGGUCUGCAUACCGUCUGCGGGGCUGGGGAUGCCAAAUCUCGCAACGGCAUCGGCAUCCACAUGUACACCUGCAACACUUCCAUGGUUGACAGGUGUGUGUAUUUGUGUGCAAAUGUGUCCCAUUAUGUGACAAAUAGAUGCAUUUUUCACGUAUCAAACAGCUACAAAAUCUUUGGUUACACUUUGACAAUCAUUUCGAGGCUCGCUUUUUUUCUCAUUUCAGGUGCUUCAACAACUCAGACGGGGACUUUUUGAUCGGUGAGGAAAAGGGAUGUUGAUGUUUUCACUGUCAUCUACCACAAGAACAAAGAUAAGACCCAUCCUCAAUACUUAUUCUUCUUCAAAGUUUUCCCUUUUUUUUUGGUCUGUUUGUCUCUGUAGUCCCCCAGCAGGGUGAGAUUUUGAUCACCACAGAGUUCGGGAAGAUUAUGGUCGAGCCCAACGAGAUCUGUGUGAUCCAGGUGAGGUCUACAUUUCUACCUCCCUACUUUUCAUUCCAAAUACAGCAUUGUGUCUGCACUCUUGUCCCACUUCCAUAUUUAGAGAAACAUGUUGUUGUACUUUCUAAAACUGACCUCUGGAUACAAAUAAAGCCUGACCACGAUUUCCAAUCCCACACUUUAUCUCUUUUUGAACACAUCAGUCUAUUAGUUCCCUUAUUUAUAAAAGCCACAAAUUUACUUUCACCGCCACUUUUUAUGUGUUUUGUCCAGCAAGGGAUGCGCUUCAGUGUGGAUGUUUUUGGGGAGACUAGGGGCUAUAUCCUGGAGGUGUAUGGAUCCCACUAUGAGCUUCCUGAUCUUGGACCCAUAGGUGUGUAUAUGAUUCUGCCUUGACAGCUGCAGGUCAACCUCUCAGUGUCUCUGUUCUCUAACAAAAAAUCUGAAAAUAUGAUAUUCCUCAUAACUCAAGUACGGCCUCACAGAGCUAUUAGCCUGGCUGUAUCAUUGAUUAAAAGGUUUAUUGUUUUAUUCAGCAAAUGGAUAACUAUACGCAUUUAUGAUUUGCAGGAGCCAAUGGUUUGGCCAACCCAAGAGAUUUCCUGUGUCCAGUUGCUUGGUAUGAGGAUCGCACAGUGACCACAGGUUACACCGUCAUCAACAAGUACCAAGGAAAGCUCUUUGCGUGCCAACAGGUGCUUUUUCAAACAUUUCAGUCCGUGCACAGUCAAAAUGUACACACACAUACUCGAUGAAAGAGACCCAGAUAUAUACCAUAUUUGCACUAUUACCCUAUUUAGGUUAGUGUUUGCUACAUUAAACACCAUCCAACCGCAACAGUGACUAGCUGUCCAAGUGAAGCAUAUGAUCCAUUAGCUGCUGCUGCACGCCGACUGAACUGCCGUCUCUGAUGAUUUAAUCUGGAAGCGUUAGCUGUUACCCAUUCAGCAGGUUUCCGCCUCGCCUCCUUUAUGAGCCUUAAUCACUUAUAAUUAGUUAAGGCAUGUAAUGGAGUUGCAGACAGUGUACCUGUGAAGCUUUGCUUUGUGAAAAACCUUUCCCAAGUUAAGCAUUAAUUUCACAGUAUUUCACACUAGAAAUGAUCCUGCCCCUCCUGAAAUGUCCUGUUGGGCGCAUAAUUGAAUCGACACAUAAUGUCUGACAGGAGGUUUUUCACUGAGACAGGAGGAGGUGGGAGGAGAGCUUUAUCAGGGUGGGGGUUACCGGGUUGUAACCGUGGAAACCACGGUUAUUAUUCAUCAUGGGAAGUACACAAAGGCAAGAUACUGUCACUUUCAAAGCAAACAUUUUCGAUCGCUGUCGCUGCCUCUCUUCGAGCAUCUGCCUUCUGUUAUGUGUCAGAGGUGGAAGCUCCUGGAUGCACUGUGGACCCUUGUCCUGGUGCCCAUCCUUCCCAACGCUACAAGGGUGAGGCAAGAAAAUGAGGUGUUUGGGGGACUCGGGCCUCAUCCUCAGGGAAGAUGCUGCUGCUCCCGUCUGGUCCUGCUGUUUUGUUCCCCCGCAGAGCGCUGAAAUUGCUCAAAUUAACUUAUUAUUUGCUUGACUGGGCCAAUAUGUUUGUGUUUUGUGUGCAUGUGUGUGCAAGUGCUCGCUCUCUUGCCUUUUCCCUUUCAUUUUAAUCGAACAUUGUGGAGUUGCCACGGAUGACUGUCCAAGAGUUUACCUGCACCAGGUUACCAAAGGCCUUUUUGUAGGCUAACUGAUGUAAAUUCUAUAUAGUUAAAUUUUUUUCCUGGAUGUUUAUGUACUUGAUUUAGUUAAGAACCUGCCUGUGUAUGCACGUAUGUGUGUGUAAGGUUUUAUUGUAUGUGUGUAUCAAGCUAUUCAUGUGGUGAAGCGUUGGUGCGCAUGUGCGUAGGGAGCACACAGGUCACGCAGGAGGUAGCUUGAGUUGUAAUGAACUAUAUUGAUUUUAGAACUGCUGUUGAAUGUCUUUUUCGCAGGGACAUUAUCAGAACAGAGAAACUAUAUAAAAUUGCUGCGGUUUUAACAAUCAAGAUAAAGAAAUAUCUCUGCACCCACUGUUACAGCUGCUCCCUCCCCCCAUAACUGCGCUGCAACGAGCGUCGAAAUGCUCAAAGUUUGGGAAAGUUUGAUUGUGAAGCCAAUUACCCCAUAAUACCUGGAGCCUCGCUUCACAAAGAACAGGGGGAAUGAAAGAGACGAAAGAAUGAAAGAAGCACACCCUCUUUCACAAUCAACCCUUUUCAUUAUUACCAGUUUUUUUUCAUCUCUUUAUGUCAAGAAGUACUCUCUCUUGGAAUUUAAGAUUACAAAGACAUUAUUCAUUAUUCCUCGUUCGCUGUGAAAAGCUCAAUUUAAAGUCCUUUGUGUUUGUUGCUGGGGUAGACUCUUUUUAUUUGUUUCAUUCUGUGCUCUGCAUGUAGGAUUUCUCUCCGUUCAAUGUGGUGGCUUGGCAUGGGAAUUACACACCGUACAAGUACAACCUGAGGAACUUCAUGGUUAUCAACUGUGUGGCCUUUGACCAUGCGGUGAGAGUUUAAGGACACAGAUUUAUUUAUCUGUCUUUGAUUUUUGCCCUUUAAAAGUUUAACCCUGAUUAAAAUGUGCACGUCUUAUUUUACUUUCCCCUCAGGAUCCGUCUAUCUUUACCGUGCUGACUGCCAAAUCCACCCGACCCGGCGUGGCCAUCGCUGACUUUGUCAUCUUCCCCCCUCGAUGGGGUGUGGCCGACCACACCUUCCGUCCACCAUACUACCACCGUAAGACCUGAAUGCCUUGCUGCACCUCUUCACCAAAGUUGCUUGCUCUCAUUUUCAGAGGAGCAUCGAAAGAUCUAGAAUUUACUCAACAGGAAUGUCCCUUUUUUUCUAAUGAGGCGAAUGUAAGUCAAACAAGGCAGCUAGAAGCUAACAUGUCCAUUAACCCAACACACUGGCUGAGUAAAUGACAGUAGGUGAUAACAGUCUACCUGCUCUGUGACUCUUUCUUUUCCACAGUGCCUUUUGUGUGUUCACCACAGAUCUAUAACGCCAUCUAGUGGAAUUAAGUGCUACAGCUUGUAAAGCCAGCUGUGUUGCCUUACAGCUCCACCUGUUUAUCACUUUAGGUAACUGCAUGAGUGAGUUCAUGGGUCUGAUCAAAGGCCACUAUGAAGCCAAAGAGGAGGGUUUCCAGCCUGGGGGGGCCAGCCUGCACAGCAUGAUGACCCCACACGGACCUGAUGCUGACUGCUUUGAGAAGUGCAGCACUGCGGAUCUCAAACCUGAGAGGGUGGCUGAAGGAACCAUGGUAAAAAAAAAGAAAAAAGUCUAAUUAAUAUGUUGAUUAAAGUCAAGUUAACUAGUUUAAUUUCCUUCCCUCAGGCUUUCAUGUUUGAGUCCUCCUUCAGCAUGGCUGUGACCAAGUGGGGUCUGCAAACAUGCCAGAGACUUGACAAGACCUACUACCAGUGCUGGGAGCCUUUGCGCAGCCACUUUGAUCCAAACUGGAAGCCCGGCAAAAAGUAGAGAGCUUUAAGUCAAUGUUUGAGUUAAAAAAGCAAAUAAAACCAUAAUUUCACAUUAAAAUUUUAGUAAUCUAAAAUCCACUUCUAGUGGAGUUUAUGUUGUUGUCUGUGGAAAAAGGCUGCAGAUUUGUUUCUAAUGAGCCACUUUGGAAAGAGUGCUUUUUAUGCUUUUCCUCUCAUUCACUCACUAUAAAAUAAAAACUUUGAUGUCCUGCUAAGAAUAAAUCUGAGGUAGAACUGUGAAAAUGUUUUCAUACAGCGUGCGACACUGUACCCUUUAACUAUUGGUGAGGACUUAUUGAUUACAUGGCAGAAAUUCAUAGUUACUGUGCUUGACAUGACCUGCCUCUUCUGAUCACCAACAUUAGCAUACUUCAGAUGUUCCAAGUCAUCCAGCUGACUUUAGUUAUCUCUUGCAGUCUCAUGAAAGUUUCAUGCAUCCCAGUUCCAUUGUCUGUAUUUUCUUAACUGAUAUAUUUUUAUGGCGUAAAUCACAAUAUAAUACUACAUUUCCUACCCUGGCAGAAAAUUUAUUUUUGCACACAGCAUUUCCACACCCCCUGCUCGCCUGUGCUUAACCAAUAAAAACAGCAUGAUUGUUUUUAACAAUAGAAUUUUAUUGGAUAUAUGAUAAUUACACAGACUGACUUCACAGGGACAUAAAUGAGAUUUUAAUACACCGGAGCUCAAUAUGUCAUACUAAAUGUGCGAUCCAGGGUUCCGUCCUUGAUCAUCCUCUCUUUCUUAUUCUGGAAAACAAACAAUAAAUAAAUAGGUCAGUAAGGUCAAAGAAUUACCACCUGAAGUCUCUUAAUGUUCCUGACAAAUUUCUUCAACUGUGUUUUUAACAUGUGAGCAUUUUAAGAUAACGGAGCCCUGCAGAGUGAGGGAGGCAGAGGCAGAUUUUGAGGCUAACUCCACAUGACAGUAGGGAGAAAAAUGAAAGCAGGCAGCAUUUCAAGCGGGGAGUCUAUUUCAAACAUAAAGGGAACUGACACACAUAAACACACAAAAGAAAUCAAUUGUUCUCCUGCAAGACAAAGUCCCAAUCUUGUCCUACAUUGUUAUUUUGCCGUCUAUGACAGUCAAUGAAGACUUGAGCACUAGUGAGGCACAGGGUGUUGGCAGAAAAAAGCAGAUACAGAUUCCAUCACGGGAAGUGGCAGAGAUUGGAAAUGAAGCUCAAACGCCUGCUGUUAAUGAGGGUGGGUUUUAACAUGCAAUGAUAAGUGGUUAUAAAUGUCUGUUUUGCCUCAUACAACUCAAAGAAUCCCAGCAGGCCAAAAGACAUUAGCCUCUGUCACUGUUUGUGGAACACUAGGACUUAAGUCUCACAACACACACACAAAACUCCAAUGCAUGUGAAUCUGCAGCUUAUUGAAUCAUGAGACAAUAAUUUUAUUUUGCAAUCAAUUAACUAUAAGAACUUGGCACAUCUCAUCUCAUACCCGGUCUGUCUUGAAAAUGUAGUAGAGGACAAAGAGAGGUAAAACUCCGCCCAAAGCGCCCAUCAGAGAUGUCUUGAAUGUGGGCCUGAAGUGCGGUAAGGGGUUGGCACGUGCGUACACCCAACGUGUCAGGGCUGGGUCUUCCUGCAAUGACAAAGAUAAGUUUAUUAAUGUUAAUGAUGGCAAAAAAGAUGUAUAUUGAUGUUAUCGCUGUGCUGCUAAAACUCUUUCAUUCUGUGGCUUA